AUGAAAAUCCUGCUUUGUGACCUCCUGCUGCUCAGCCUCUUCUCCAGCGUGUCCAGCAGCUGCCAGAAGGACUGCCUGGCCUGCAGAGAGAAGCUCCACCCAGCUCUCGACAGCUUCAGCCUUGGGGUGUGCAUCCUCGAGUGUGAAGGGAAGGUCUUGGCCAGCCCUCUCUGGACUCCAUGCACCAAGGUCAUGGGCAGGGGCUCCAGGCAACUCAGCUCUGCUGAGUCAGAGCAUGUGGUGGCUGCUCUUUACCAGCCAAGAGCCUCCGAGAUGCAUCUGAAGAGAAUGCCUCGCAUCAGGAGCCUGUUCCAAGUGCAGAAAGGGAGAGAGCCUGGCAUGGAUGAGGCUGGAGAGAUGGAGCAGAAGCAGCUGCAGAAGAGGUUCGGGGGAUUCACUGGGGCCCGGAAGUCUGCCCGGAAGUUGGCCAACCAGAAGCGGUUCAGUGAGUUCAUGAGGCAGUACCUGGUCCUGAGUAUGCAGUCCAGCCAGCGCCGGCGCACCCUGCACCAGAAUGGUAAUGCGUAG